AUGGAGCAUGUUUCAAAGAAAAUAAAAUUAGAUAAUAAUGAAAGUAAAAAUAUAUAUAUAAACAAUUCUAAUAACAUGAGCGUUCAUAAUAUAUCAAUGAAUGCUAUUUUGUGCACAUCCCUAAACUUAGACAAUAUUUAUAAACAUUUUUCUAAUUGUGUUUAUAAUCCACGAGAAUUUAAAUGUAUGCGUGUAGAUGUGCCUGUUAGUUUAAAUACUGUGAAUAAAUAUAUUGAUUAUAUUAAAAAUAAGGAAAAAAUACAAACUGAACAAACUGAACAAACUGAACAAACUAAUUUAGUAACAAAAAAUAAUAAAAAUGAAAUAUGUAUGCCUGUAGAAAAUAAUUCAAAUAAAGAUACAUCUACUCAACUGUUUAAUAAAAAAAGUAACAAUAAUGAUAAUAUUGAACACAAUAAUGAUAAUAUUGAACACAAUAAUGAUAAUAUUGAACACAAUAAUGAUAAUAUUGAACACAAUAAUUAUGGUUCCUCUGGAAUAAAACAUAAUGAUGAAAUUCAAAAUUUUGAAGAAAAAAAUGACGAAGUUCAAAAUUUUGAAGAAAAAAAUGACGAAAUUCAAAAAUUUGAAGAAAAAAAUGAUGAAGAUGAUCAUUAUACUACUAGCGAAAAGCUAGUUAUCAAUGUUUCAAUUUUUUCAAAUGGAAAAAUUAUAUGCACAGGAAAUAAUUCUAUUGAAGCAUGCAAAAUAGCAAUGAAAAAAGUUGAAAAAAAAUUAAAACAAUUAAAUUUUAAAAAUAUCAAACUAAAAAAAAUAGCAAUUACAAAUAUAUUAGCUGUAUAUAAUGUUGGCUUUUCAAUAGUUCUUCCAUUAUUUGCUCAGUAUUAUAAAAGUGUUGAUUACGAUCCGAACGUCUUUCCUGCUUGCAAAGUGAAGAUCGCCUUGAGCAACGACGAUAAUAACAAUUCAUCUGAACAUAAUGAACAAAAUGAUAGUGCAUAUGCUUGGUGCACAAAUAAGCCAAUAUUUGAGUCAAAUAAAAACAAAACAGAUGUAGUAUCAGCCAGUAUUUUCUCCACAGGGAAUAUAACAUUAACUGGAGGAAAGAGUUAUGAUAAUUUGAAGAAAUGUAUUGACAUAUUGUUACCUUAUCUGAUCAAAAGCAAAUCUCAGCAUUGA